GAACGCGUUGCCUGACAGUGGUAAACAGACGUCAGAAGGGAGUCUUCGCCUCGAGUCAAAACAAAACAAAACAAGUAAAAAAGACACUGAAGGAGUGGAUAUUUGGACAGCCACAACGUCUGGAAGUCAUAUAAAAGUCAUCGCUGGAUAAAAAUGGCUACUUGGAGGAAGUCAUUGGUGGCAUUUCACGGACUUUUUCAUGGAUUGUAAACUCUAUAGUAGCAGGAGCUUAACCAGCUAACGUUACGUCGGCUAUCGUGCUGUUUUCAAAGUGCGGCGAGUCGAAGCCGACAGACCGCCGAGGCGACCCAACUUCACACAACAACCUGGAUUUCGCUUUGUAAUUCGAUUACGAAACCGCCGGUCGAAGAUCGGCUGAGUUCCGGGCCUCGGUCGAGAGGCUUUUACAACCGCUUCUUCGAGCAUCGUGCGCCGCGGCAGGAGUUGUGGAGGAACAUGGCAGAUGGUGACAUGCGCCCGGCCGCAAUGUGGCGGAUCACGCAGACCUGAAGCACGGACUUUUCUCACGGACAUUUCUCCCAUCUUCCCGCUUUUCGUAACUUAAACACUGUUUAACCGUUCCUCUUCACUCCCUCGACAUUUCUUUGGUUGUUAAGUCAUUGCGGUUCUUCCAACGCACAGGCCAAAGAGACGACUGAGUACUGUUUUUACACUUUUUUUGGCACUUUGCGAACAAAACUGUUGCUGGGACAGUCAGCUGGUGUAUGGUUUUACAUGUUGCUUUGAUUUAACCGGGCCGGUUUGUGACUGGGGGUCAUUUGGAGAUUCUUUAAAAAAAACAAAAAACAAACUCUGGGUCGAGGUUUUGUGGCUUGUGGAGCGCCAAGACAUCUCGUUGUUUACAAGUGGAGAGAGACGGGAGCUCUCCUGAGAAUCUCCUAUGUAACAGUAGCCAGCUAAUCCCCGUUCAUAGUCCUCAUAGUUUUGCAGUAAAAAUAUAUAUUUGUAUAUACAUCCCUGGUUUACCACGAGGAGUCGUUUUUAAUUUCACAAAUACGGUACGAGCUAACCCCUGUUUGAUUUAUUCUUGAAUAUUGUCUGGAUACUUUCUGAUAAACCGUUUGAAAUAUACCUUUACUCAAUUUAGCCUUUUACAAAUAUUUACAAUGAGUGUUUAUUAACAGGAAUGGCAUUAUUUUGUACCUUUUCAAGAUUUUGUCAUUCAUUUUUUUAGGUGAGGCCAAACCCUCUGUAGACCCAGAUGUUUUGGUGCCCAUUGCCACUCUGCCACCUUUGUUUUUAUUUCGUUCAAACAAAGGGACUCUCAUCCCAGCCCUUCAUUCUAUAUAAAUCUGAAGGUUUAUGAUAGUUACUAUUAAGGAGAUUAUUUGGGUUCCCUAAUCUCCAAUCUGAGGAUUAACCGAGGCCAUUGGUGGGUCCAGAUUAUUACGUCUCUUUUGUACGCCCCCCUGUUUACACCCUGGCAGUGGGUGAAGCAUAUUGUUCUUGUGUCAGGAAGUGGGGUUUUUUUUUCUAACACAUCACCACUUCAAAGUUAAGUUCAGAUUUUAAAGUUAGAUGUUUAAGUGGUCCCACCUUUUCGUUUAAGUGAACGUUCAGAGGACCGCCAUGGAGGAGUCGUCGGUGCCCCCGAUUGACCCAGAUUUCGAGCCGCAGAGCAGACCCCGCUCCUGCACGUGGCCCCUGCCGAGACCCGACAUCUCGGCUGUCAAACCGGAGGCCGCUGAUGGCUCCGAGUCCGCCGCCGGGACCCCGCCCGCAGACGAGGACAAACCCGAGCCGCAGCAAAUCACGUCCGAGCCCGAGAAGGCUGCUGCGGCGGCGGCGGCCGAUGGUGGGGUCGUAGCUGGUGUGGGUGGAGCCGGCGUGACGCCCCGCAAAGGAUCAUCCCGGCGCAACGCGUGGGGGAACCAGAGCUACGCUGAUCUGAUUAGCCAGGCCAUCGAGAACUCACCUGAGAAGAGGCUGACCCUGGCACAGAUCUAUGAGUGGAUGGUGAAAACAGUGCCUUACUUCAGAGACAAAGGAGACAGCAACAGCUCAGCUGGCUGGAAGAAUUCAAUUCGCCACAACUUAUCACUCCACAACAAGUUCUUGAGGGUACACAAUGAAUCAACAGGCAAGAGCUCAUGGUGGAUGCUCAACCCGGAGGGAGGGAAGACAGGGAAAGCCCCUCGCCGCCGUGCCGCCUCCAUGGACAACAGCAGCAAACUGCUUAAGAGCCGCAUGAGGGCCAAGCAGACCAAGAAGCAGGCGGGAGCAGCCGGCCUGGCGGGAGCUGGAGGGGCACUGCAGGGUGAAGGCAGCACAGGUGCAGCAGGGGCAGAUAGCCCUAAUUCAUCCCAGCAGUUUCCCAAAUGGGGGGUUAACAACAGUAGCCCCUCAUCCCGUGGCAGCCUGGAUGACAACGACAUGUGGACCACCUUCCGCCCACGUACAAGCUCCAACGCCAGCACUCUGAGUGGACGUCUGUCCCCCAUCGCUCCUGGGCAGGAAGACGACGACAACCUCCCAGAAGACUCGCUGCUGGGGAGAUACACUGCCAGCAGCCUGACCCCUACCCUCACCGAGACCCUCAUGGAGGAGCUGGAUCUGAUCGAUGGCCUCACCUUGAUGACUGGGCAGCAGGGAGGGGCCAGUCCCAGUACAGCCCCGCCAGCACCUCCCACCCCACUACCCUCUGCUUCCACCCUGCUGCCUCGUGGCUCCAGCUUCUCCUCCUUCAAUCAGCUGCAGCCAUCCAGCCUCCCUCAGGCCCCCACCCACACCGGGACCCAGCCCUCCAUGUCUCAGUGUGGACCCAGCAGCAAAGAGCCGCCAGCCUUCAGCAACUCCCUCUUCAACCCCAUGCCCACUUCCGGCUCUCGUGGGAGUGGCCAUUACAGCACCCACGUGCCUUCCAGCCUGGAGGUGCUGCUCACUUCUGACUCCCCUCCUCCGAGUGAUGUCCUGAUGACCCAAGUGGAUCCCCUCAUGCCCAGUCCCGGAGGUGUGGGCAUGAUGAGCCUGGGCACGCCCGUGGUGGGUGUGAGGUCCAAACCCAAUCAGCUGCUCUUGGGCAAAGGACUGGAGCCAAACACGGUGGCCCCCAUGGCGCUGCAGGCUCAGAUGCAGCCGCAGCAGCACCGCCUUCACCAGCAGCAGCAGCAGCCGCAGCACCAGCAGCCGCACCAGCAGCAACAACAGCCACAACAACAACAACAACAACAACACCAGCACCAGCAUCACUCUCAGAUGGAGUUGGGUAUGAUCCUCUCAGGUAUGUCUCAGGACCCAUCGCAGCUCGCUGCUCUCAAAGCCCAGCAUGCCACGGUGCCAGGUGUGGGCUCUCAUCACGGAGGGCCCAUCGCCUCAGCCAGUCCCAGCAUGAGUCUGCAGGGAAUGAGUCAGUUUGGAGCUCCGUCCUGCUUCCCAACCACUCAGGACCGGCUGCCCACAGACUUGGACAUAGACAUGUUCACCGAAAACCUGGAUUGUGACGUGGACUACAUCAUCAACAGUGACCUCAUGGACGGAGAUGGCAUUGACUUCAACUUUGACCCCAUACUGCCCGGAAGCCAAGGCUACGCAGGCCCAGCCACCACGCAGGGCUCCACGCACAGCUGGGUGCCCAGCUAACUCUUCAGCCUGCCAGGAACCCAUCUCCAAUCAAGACAACUUCACAAAAUGACAAAAACGACCGGUGCGCUCCCCCUCCCUGCUGCCUGGAGAUGCUAUUUUCAAAUACGAUGCUUCCCUUGGAUUUUGAAGACGGACUCACAUCUCACCCGUGUCAUGUGCCAAGACAUGCAGAGGACAGGGAGGAGAUUCAGGCUACUAUGCACAAUUUUUCUCACUUUAAAAAAAAACAAAAAAGAAAAGAAAUAACACUUGUAAAGAUUUGGCUGCUAGCCUUUUUUUUUUAAAAAAAAAAAAAUCCGAACUGAUGAUUUUUUUUUUUAAGAUGUGUGAAUAAUGUUUUUAGAGUGAUCUCUCCUCUGCUAGGAGUUUAUAUUUCAGUUAUGUUGCACCAGGAUGGCUUUAGGGUGAAUAGGGUACUCCGUGGCUUUGGUAUCAAAGACUCAGUGGGCUGUGUGCUUUUUGGAGAAAUGGCCAGUUUUCCAUAGACACCUUGCCCAGACCAAAUGCUGUUUGAUCCUCUGAACGAGGUGCAUCCGCUCUGCUGCACCGUGGAAAUAAAAGGCAUCACAGGACUCGGUGAAGACGCUGAGGACCGUGACGGUGCUGCGUACUGGUGUAAGAUAAGAGACUGGAUGACUGGAGGUAUGAAAUGUUUGAUUAACGUUGGCUACGCGCCUCGCCCGGUCGUGUAGCUGGGACAGCAAGCACAUGUACGAUUCAGAUUUCUCACAUCAGAGAAGAAAAAAAAAAGAUAAAAUAUAAUGAAAUUUCGUGAUUCAACAGUAUGUAUUUGCUGUUAGGCAUUUUUGGUGUAAAGGUAGAUGUCACGUUAGAGGGUGUUUUUUUCUUUUUUAUUUUUAAUCCCUGAUGUGCAGUUACACUAACAAAAUGAAGAAAUGUGAUUUGUGAAAUUAUACACAGGGCAUUCAAGGUUAAAUUUAUUUGCCAACGAGUGAUUGGUUGGCGAAGUAUUGUGUUUUAUCAGCAGUAUGCCUCCACUGUCAAAUGUUCUACCUGAUUGUUCUUUUAAUCGAGUCUGUGCAUUUUCAAAGCACUUAGGUUUCCUGCAUCUUAGGGACCCCAAACUAGGAGAACACAUCCACUUUAGGUUAUGACAUUUCGGUAAAAGAGAGUUUUAAAAAAAAUAAAUAAAAACAAAACAAAACAUUAA